GUUCCCACGAGACCCCCGUACUCGCGACGGGCUUCAUGGGAACCCCUCGCAGGGCCGAGGGCUCGGAGAUCCCUUCGGACGAUUCCUCCUCCUCACCUUGUCGCACCGCCCGACGGGCUCGCUCGGCCCGAUUCAAUUAAGCAUUUAGCCACUUGUCGCGGUUGCCCGUCGGUCGUGGGGAAUCGGAUCGCGGCCGCUUGGCGCCCCCGCGAUUGACCCCACGGCACCUGCACUCUUCGUUUUCGCGGCGGAGGGUCGCCGCCCGAGGCCGGAAGCGCUCUCGACAGAAAUUUAGGCCGGCGCGACGGCUCGAGACGCCGACUUCAAUGACGAAUUUAACGCAGGGGUGGAAAGCGAGCAAUCGUCGCUCCCUUUGGUCGCUAGAUCUCGAGGGUCCGUGGACCGUUCGGUGGGGAAAUGGGGUAGGUGAUCAUCAGGGGAAGAACCGCUGGCGGGAACACCGGCAUUCCCGAAGGAAGGUCAAAGGUGAAUGGCGAUUCAGGGCCUGAUGGAAAAACGAUUUUGGAAAAAGAAAUGGAUUCACCACCACGAGCACUAAACGUUGCGCGGUUUGGGCGGAUCGGCGGAUUUCUCCGACAUUUAGUUUAAGGUCGUCCGACGCUUCAUCAACCGCGGUAUGUUAAACGAGCACGCAACUGAAAAAAUAACUUCGCUGCGAGGUCGUGAUGUACUCGAGAGCUAUCAACGCGGUGUUAACAUCCAUUGACAAAAGGUGAGGCGAAUCAUCGAUUUCGCUUCGCCCGAAAUUCAGAAUUUGACAUCAAUUUUCGGAAUCUCUUUAGACGCGAUGAAUCCAUCCGACAUCCAGUCCCUCGUUAAUUAGAUGUAUUCCGCGGGUGUUCUCGAAGAAGAUAUAACUCAAGGCCUCUCGCGAGGCAGAAAACCGGACUACGAUUACGCCGCCUAGUCAGCGUUUUAAUCGAAUGACGAGGUGCCCCUUCUAUCGCGCAACGCGCGAUGGCAUCGAAUUCGCGAUCCACCGGAUUUUUACGCAGGACGUACGGCAUUAUCCGUUUGCGGUUUCGUUCCGUAAGAGUUCUCGGACGUUCGCGAAUCCCCGAGGCAAGUGUCGACAAUUGCGUAGCAAAAAUUGCCGCCUUUCUACCGGAACGUCGAUACGGGCCCACCGAAAAGUUUCGAUCGAGCCGAUCCAAGAAGACAGUAUACACAAGUGGCCAUACAUUUGGUGCUCUCCCCGUUGGCCUUAUAAUUUGCAUAACCGGGGAUCUAUAUAAGCAAGAUCGGGUCGAUUUUGAGCGGCCAAAGUUACCGACAAGUUACUCGAGAGCGCUUCACACCGGUUGACGACGAACCAUGAAGACUGUUGCGACAUUAUUCGGGCUCUGCCUCGUCGUCACGAGUGGGCAGGCUUUCUUCUCCGAUAAGGUGACAGAAACGUUGGAUAAGUUGAAGAAGAACGUCGAAUCCGUGGUGGACGCGGCUUUAAACGAAUCGAAAACCAAGUUCGAGGAUGCAGAAAAUGCGGCCUACGAGCUCGUGGGACAAAUUCGAGACGAGGGCGAAAAGGUGGCCGAGUCGCUUUAUGCCAGUCUGCGCGAUUCGGUGAUGCACACGGACGAGGAAAUCAAGCGGUUGGAAGAAGAAGCGAACGGGGUAAACGUUACCGAAUGUACCGCGAUGGGCGCGUCCGUACAUAAAGCGGCGUUGGCGAUCGUCUACAACGCCAGUUCCUGCGUCGUCGCCAAGGUCGAGGAAGCCAUCGGCUACGCCGAGGGCAUCAUCUUUAUCUCUCAGGAUUUAACGGAACGCCUUCUGUCGAUCAAGGCCACGGCAGGGGAAUGUGCCAGCGAUAUCAGCGGAAUCGAUGGCACGAUCCGUGCCGCCGCUUGUAUCAAAGCGGCUCUGGAGAAAGCGACCGCGGUGUCGACUAAAAUGAUACCGAGUGCUCUGAAGGACGCGACGGAGCUCACGUUGCUGAUCCAGGGGGUACUGCCGAGUCUGGCGAUGUGUUCGUCGGCCAACGCGAUCGCCACCUUCGCGGAGGAGAGCUCGACGGUCGUCGAAGACGUCAGAUCUUGCAUAGCGAAGAAAACCGAGGAGGCCGAAUCCGUCGUCACCGACAAGGCGGGACCCUGAGAAGAUCCUUCCGCAACGACAUCGCCUUAUCGCAAAACCACCGCGAACGACGUCUAAAGAACAGUUCUACCUUUCUUUUAAAUGUCUCCCUCCCCAUUGUUCACCCGAGCACGCCGAGAGUGGUAAAACGUCGAAGAGCAGAACUUUUCGAAACAAUGAGUACAUUGUUUGGACACGUACAACGCGAUUAUGCCAAGGGCGCGUCCAACCCAGGUGCACUCCGGCCCACCGACACAAUGGACGGUCUAUUUUAAGGAGGCGGCUAGAAGUCGGGUAGGAAGACUACCAACCAUUGCUGACAAUUGGGCCGGUAUUAAAUAAAAUAUUGACUAUCCAAUAAAAGCUAGCAAUCGCGGUGAGACGUUAAGUAUACUUUAUUUACAAGCUCGGUAAAAAUAGGAGUUGACGGGAGCAACCCUUCGUCGUGCCUCGUAUCGAUAUCGAUCGUCGAGAUUUUCCGUAACAUUCGCCCAGAAGGCAAGGCCAUUUUUCACCCUUCCACUUCUUCCGGAAAUUAUGCCGGAGCGUUUCCAAGUAGAAACGACAGGAAAGGAAAAAGAAAACGUAGCGAAUAGACGACACUAAACGGUCAAA